GUACUCCCCUAGGUUUGAACCUUACCUAGAUCCAUCGCAGUGGCCAAGUUAUGAUGGAGAGUUCUUCGUGCCCGACUUGUCGUUAAAGAACAACACACGAGGAAGAAGAAGGACAAGAAGGUUCAAGAACGAUAUGGACAAAGCAUACAAAGGCUCAGCCAACCGACGGUCACAAAAGCCGAACAAUACAAAUUCAGAGCCGGUCAUGCAAAAUAGAUGCUCGCUAUGCCACGAACUAGGCCAUAAGAAAACUAGGUGCCCGAAGCGAGACAAGUCUAAGGAUCGACCGAAAAAGCGCCGUAGGACGGGGGGAGGUGGUGAGGGUAGCACACAGGAUGGAGCACUUUCCGGGGUUGGAGGAUUUCUACGAGGAGAAGCACCGGGCCCCACAGAUUGCCAGCGGAGAGCGCUUGAAGACCCUUCGAGUCAGAGGUCACACGGCGCACAUACUGUUCGACGACCGGUACGUCCCGUACCUACGGCGGGCGAAGCUCUUGGCGUUCGUGACCAUGGCGCAGCGACCGGUGCCUCUGUACAACGCCGCUGCUCUGACGGCCCUAGUGGACCGGUGGCGUCCAGAGACACACACCUUCCACCUACCGUGCGGGGAGCUGACGGUCACUCUGGAGGACGUCGCCAUGAUCCUGGGUCUUCCUAUCCGGGGUCAGGCGGUCACAUGUGACACAGCGUCAGGGAAUUACUAACGAGUCUUCG